AUGAUUUCAUAAAGCAGUAGUAGAAAUCUUUUGGAUAACCCAAUGGGACCAGUCUUAUAACAUGAUCCUCAUCCAUUUAAAAGUUAUGAAAAAGAUAGAUCACCUUCGAGAUUAUCAAUAGAAUCUGAAUAGUAGCCUAAGAUAAAUAAUGGUGAUGGUAUAAAGAUGAGUGUUUACGAAACUGGAGAAAAAAAGAAAACUAUAAAUUUUAAUAUUGCUAGAAGGAAAUCUACAAGACCAUAAUAAGUAAAAGUGUUGUAAAUAAAAGUAAAAUAAGCGUAAAUCAGAUUAAGCAAGAAAAUUUGAAGGAUUGUCAAUCUUAAGAACCAUGUAACAGAAUUAACUCAUUUAAAAGUUUGCAAAUACUCUAUUAAUGAAAUCAUACAUUUUAUCUCAACAUAAUAAGUACCUUCUAAAUUAAGAAAGCUAUAUUCAAUCUAAAGUUGAUAAAACAAAAUACUAAAGUAUAAAUAUUUGUAAUAUUAAACAGAUAAAAAUUAAAAUAGUACUACAAAUAUAUUUGCUCCAGGAAGUUAAUUAGUUAUGGUAUGGGAUGUGAGUGCUACAUUCUUUCAUUGUUUUAGUUUAUGGCUAUGUCCAUUUGUAUCAUCUUUUGUAGAUGAUGAUAGUUAUAGUGCAGCAGAAAUGUUUUUAAUUAUUCAUAUCAUAAUUGAUAUCAUUAUCAAUUUGAAUAGACCUAUUAUGAUUUAAGGAGAAAUAAUUUUUGAUAAAUUAGAAAUUAUAUCACAUUAUUUUAAAGGAUAAUUACUGGAAGAUCUUAUAAGUUUAACAAUGUGGUUUUUGAUGUAUUUUGAUUUUAAUAAAAUACCUGUAACUAAUGAGAUUAUAACUUGUAUUCUCUUAACAAUUACUAUUUUGAAAGUAAAAAGAAAUUAUGAAAAUUUUAUAGAAUCUUUAUAUUUAUAAGGGGCUGUUAAUUAAUUGGUUGAUCUUAUAACUCUAAUUUUGAUGAUAUAUUUUUUUGCUCAUUUAAUGGCUUGUGUAUUUCAUCAUGUUGGUGAUAUAACAUCAAAUAGUGAGAAUUGUUGGUUAAUUCACUAUAAUCUUUUACACAAAUCCAUCUCAGUUAAAUACAAUCAUUCAUUUUAUUGGGCUACUAUGACAAUGGUAACUGUUGGUUAUGGAGAUAUUACACCACAAAAUGAAGCAGAAUUGGUUACAGUAAAUUUACUUAUGUUGUUAUCAAGUUGUAUGUUUGGAUACUCAAUGAGUUCUAUUGGAAUGAUUCUUAAGAGUAUUUAAGAUGCUAAAUAUAAAUGCAAAAGAUCUUUAAUUCUAAUGAAUUCAUAUAUGAGAUAAAGUCAAGUUGAUUAAUAGAUAUAAAGUAGAGUAAGAGAUUUUAUAAAAUACUAAGUUGAAAUGGAAUCAAAAGAAAAUAAUGAAGAUGUAAAUCAAAUUAUAAAUGAUUUACCUAAUUAAUUAAAGUAAGAAUUAUAAACAAAUGUUUAAAUGAACAUUAUGUAAAAAAUAAAAAUAAUAACAACAUAAUUUACAAAGUAAACUUAAUCAGAAGUUUCUUAAAAUCUCUUAUAAUUAAAAUUUACACCAGGAGAUUAUAUUUAUCAUUAAGAUUAAUUCGACAAUAAUUUGUAAUUAUUAAACAAUUUAUUUCAUAGAUAUUAUAUAAAAGAAGGAUAAAUUUAAAUUACAGAAGAAAAAAGUGGAAAAGUAUUAUAAAUAAUUAAAUCUUCUAGUACUUUUGGAGAAUAUUAAUUUUUUACUGGCCUUACUACUAAAACUUGUGCAUAAAGUAUAGGAUUUUCUGAAGUUUAUUAAAUUAAAAGAGAUAUAUUUCUUAAAAUUAUAAGAUCUUCUAAUAAAGAUUUUGAAAGAUUUCACAAUAUCAAAGAUAAUUUAAUCCUUAAUUCAAAUUAUUUUGUAAUAUUCUAAAAUUGUAAUUUCUGUAAGAUGUAUACUCAUUCAAAUAUUGAUUGUCCAUUACUCAAUUAUAAACCAGAUCCACAAAUAAUAUCAAUUAGAGAAUAAAGAAAAUAUCCAUUUCAAUAAAGAAAAGCAUUUAUAAGAAUGGGUAAUAAGAUCAAAUCAUUAUUUAUUCAGUAACAAAUUACUAAGGCAGUUGAGGAAUUUUUGGAAAAGUAGAGCACAUUUCAUGAAGUAAUUAGAGAAAUUCAAAAACAUUCUGAAGAAAGUCCUAAUACUUAAUAACAAUAAUAAACAGUUUAAAUUGAAAUAAAGAACAAUGAAGAUUAACCUAUAGAAAAUUUAGGAUCUCAUCUAAAUCCUUCUACUAAUGCAACAAUCAAUACUGGACCUCCAUCUUUAGCUAUGAUGAAAGGAAAAUCUAGUAGAUAUGUUUUCAAUCCUACAUCUAAAGGGUCUCAUCCAAAAAAUUAUUAUGUAAUGGAAAAUAAUAAAGAAGUUACUAAGGAACUGAUAUUUAAGGAAAAUUCAUUUAUUUACUAUCUUUAUUUUAUUUACCAAUUUCAUUCAAAUGAAAUAGAUUAGAUUAAAGAAUAUUAGAAUUAUAUGCCUUAAAAUAAUUGUUCCAAUUCUAUCAAACUGAGAGAGAAAUUUCUUGAUAAAAAUGCUGUUAGACAAGGAUUAGAUUUAAAUGGUUUAACAAAAACAUAUACUCCUAUUAGAAAUAGAGAUUUACUAUAAUCAUAAAUAUUUUAACCUCAUUGUUGA